GGUGGGGCCCCCUCCCUUCCCGUAAGUCGGGCACGUCCCUCUACAGGAGUUUGACUCGUUAUGAUUUUUCGUCCAAAAUCCGCCUGUAGGAGGACAUGCCAACCCUAACCCUUCCCCCAGCUGCACGUGCGCGGUCCGGAGCAAGACCGGGGAAGCCGACGACGCGGUGGCGAUGGAUUCGGCGAGGACCCCUUAGCUGGACCACAUGAUCAGGCACCUCAGCCAGGGUCCCAGCUCGGAGCGCGCCACCCCUUGGGAGCACAGCCAGCUCUACCAGAUGUUCGCGCAGGCUGCAGCGGCCCUGGGCUUCAAGAUGGCGCCAUACCAAGGCCGCCACAGCGGGAUAUCGAUCGACCGAGCCCACCAAGAGCGCAACUUAGAAAGCGCAUGAAGAGAGGCCAUUGGCGGGCCGCCAAGAGAGCGGCAAGGCUCGAGAAGGCGGGGCGGCUCAACGACGCACGGCGCGAGCUGAGCGCGGCGCAGCACGCCCACGACUUCGAUUGCAAGCGCCUGUUCGAGAAGUGCUUCGCAAGCGGGCGCACUCUGCCGGCGCUGGCGAUGAGGCCGCGACCCCUUUCUUGGCCGAGUUCUCCUGAGGACGAGCAUCCUGGCAAGUCUGGUUUUGGUAGCACUGAGCCCCGCCUUGCACAUUUGUUCGGCUGUGCAAGACGUCAGCGCGCCGCCGCGUAGUCGAGCGCGGCCGCGGAGUUUGGCCGGCCUGCCCAAGGCACAGCAAGAGAAGGUAGACCCAGGCAACACCUGUGGUGACACUCCUGUGGUGCGCCCUUUUUGUCGAGACCCCCCCCGCAGCAGUUGCGCGUGGUAAGAUCUUGCUCUAGUAUCAGUGAUGGCGCACGCCAAAAGCAGGACUAUCGUGGUUAACGAUCGCAUGUUCGGGGCUCCCCCAGAGAAGGCCACGAGGCUCGCGGUCACGGCAGCCGAUGUUGAUUCGGGAUUUCUGAACCAGCUUGGAUCCGUUCUGCACGCAGGACUGCACUGCUUCUUCUCUUGUUCGGGUAAGAAAUACGGUGGGGGCAUUCGUUAAGGAAUGGGCCCAGGAGGC